AUGUCGAAAGCAGCUCAGCAGGCUAUUGUUGCCCACAUGAACAGAGAUCACAGGCUAGCCUUGGAGGAUUAUCUGUACGUUUAUGGUAAAGUACCCAUCACGAGCCACAUUAGGUUUGUACGGAUGCAGAACAUCGAGCUGGAGUGUAUGACAUUGCAAUUCACACAUAUGGAACUUGAGACUGACGUGGAGAAGAUAAUUCUGCUUGAACCCCCUUUGAAGGAUUGGAACGAAGCUCGGCCAAGGCUAGUUGAGAUGGCACACUCGGCAGCAGCUAAGAGGGGACUAUCAACUAUUCAGGUCAAUGAUAUGAGGUAUCCAUCUACUGUGGCCGAAUAUGCGCUCAUAUGCGCUAUAUUCCUACCAUUUUUAUGCUAUAAGUUUCGCGGCCUGCUUCAAUGGCUUCCAUUGCCCUCAGUUGUGCUCAAAUUUCUCGAUAAUGAUCUCGUUCUCGGAGGGAUCAUAUUGUUUGCAGUAGUGACUCAUUUAAUUGAAGUAGUGGCUAUCUUGAGACCCAAAUUGCAUUUUUAUAGGGUGCCGACUGAUUUCUUGAUCGAAUGGUACGUAUUUGGCAUGCUAGAAGGCUAUCCAUGUAUAAAGAGACUGGACCGACUAGCGGGUGAGCUUUUGAAACGUCAAAAUUAA